AUGACGAACGCGUCACCAUCUACGGGUGAUGCUGUCGCAUCGUCGCAGGGAAGGACGACGCUUGCUGAAGAGCCAGGAAAAGCCAUUGUACCAGUAGCACCAGCCAAACAAACGGUCGCCAAAUUCAGCCAGCUGUUCAAAGACAAGAAUAUAGUACUAGCUUACAAACAUUGAUUUCUAUUCUUCCUUCAGCUUCUAAAAAAAAACUAGCUUACCUGGAUUCAGGAGAGCUCAUAUUGAUUUCUUGUGCAUGUGUUUCUCCAAUAGAACUUCUUUUACAACUACGAGAUCCUCUAUCCCUCCCCAUUAGUGUACAAUUUCUAUAGUCAAUACUUCUCGCAACAACUUCAGAUAAAAUGCAUAGUGAAGUAUCAUCCGUUGAUAUGGCUCAAGUUGAAGAUGUGCUCGCGGUUAUUCGCAUGGCGGCUACCAGACGAUAUAUUCUUAAGGCAAAUGUGGUUCUAUUUAGAUCUCUAUUUGCUUAAGAUGAAGAUUUUAAGAUAGAUCUCUUGACGGGCAGGGGGAUCGGUUGAUGUCUUGAUUAAGUUUAUAAGAUCUCCAUCUCUUGAUGGGGGUGGGGUGACUUCCUGAUCCACUCUGGUCGUGAAGAAAAGGGUAGUUGCGAGUCUGUCUCUGUGCCCUUCCGGUUCGCUCCCUACUCAACUCAGAGAUCACAUCACCUGUUAGCGCAGACGUGCCGAAGCAUGCUCCUUAAAUAAAUAUAUAGCCUAUUUGCCAAAGAGAGAUGCUGUCUAAUAUUCACGGAAAUGCUCUCAGAUUUGAACAACGAUUUAGGACUUACGAGUGGGGAGCUAAAUGUCCACGAGGUUGCGCAAUCCGGAUGCAUAGACAGCAUGUGGCUCUUGACGAUACAAGGUAUGAAGUAGUUGUUUUUCUUCUCGUAUGAACUAUGAAGUUCUUUGAAACUAGAUUCAUAGAUGGUUUGUACUACCAUCGCUUGCGCAUUGUUGGAGAACUCAAAGAUAGCGAAUCAAACUCAAACUCACACUAGGUCGAGGACCAAUCUACUCGUCUCCUUUUUAUAAAUUAAUCUGAAGCCGCAGUACGACAGAUUCUGCAAAUAAAAUCUGCUUCUGACCAAUGAAAAUUCAGGCCUUUCCGUUCGCCAGAAGUGUCCGUUUAGUGGUGCGACUUUAUUGCAGAAGUCGAUACAUUCGGGGAAUAUGAAUUUGAUCCAGAUGCUGCUGAUAAAGAACGCAAAUCCGAAUGUGAAGGGGGCCUAUGGUUACACGGCGUUACACGAGUGCAGCUACGUUUAUGAGCCACGACUCUCUAGGUUAUUUACCACCAGUUAUCAUUUCUGAAAAACUCUAAUCUCGCGGCACAGGGCACAUGUGCGCAAUCCUAUUGCAGCAUAAGGCCAACGUCGACGCAAUCUCGAAGAACGGAUCUACGCCAUUGCUAGUAGCAGCAAGAGAAGGGCAUACAGAAAUAGGUACUUUGUAUUACGACGAUUAAGAAAGUAGAUUAUAUCAAUAUGUUGAACAAGGGGCGGCCUUCAUGAUGAUGAUUGAUUUUUUCUAUCGAAAUUCUUUCUCAGUGAAUGUUCUUCUGGCUGGCGGUGCGCACCCGGACGAUGGUGGGGACAAGGGCUGGUCCCCACUCUUUAUCGCUGCAGGAGAGGGGCAUCUAGAAUUAUGUGUUAUUUGCGUACUUAGUCGGCCUUUUGCAAUCUUUGAAAGUAACCACUACCAGUACCACUACUACAACCAUGUAUGUCAUCAUCCACCUUCAUCUGUAGUGCUAAGGACUUUUUAAGGACGUUCCUUCUUCAAGCUAACAUGAUCACUCUCUAUCGAUCUGUCUCGUCCUCUUCCUUUCUAAACAUCGUGGUACAAAGCUUGCUCCAGUAUCAAGCGAAUCCAUUAGAAGUAUCAGCGACAGAGAAUCGAACACCCCUGGAAGAGGCGUGGCAUAAUUAUGGCUUUGGUUAGUACCACCUUAAUGUGCUCUUUCUACCUGUGCAUGUCCCUCUUCCUUAUUGGAGGUUUUUUGAAUCAUUCGCUCGUCAAGGUGCUAGGCACUCAACAAGAAUAAAAAUUGAGAUAAAGAUUCUUUCUCAGUAACACCAUGAUACAUAAGUAGUUCUAGUUUCUUUUCCUCGUCGGGAGUUCGAGUUGACAUUAAUAUGCAAUCAGCUUCUUCUAACAAAGUAAGCAGGAAGCGGUAGCGGUUUUGUUGGAGUCGCAUAUACAGCAGAGGCAUGGCGGUGCGGCACUGACUGCUGCAUCUCAGCAGCAGCUUCUUCUAUCGUAUUGUUCUUGUUACGCUUAUCGUACAACGGACUUGGUGUUUCAUAAUAUCCGCUUGUACUAAGAAUGAAUGCAGCUUCUAAGCGAAAAUCAAAAAUGUGCACAAUUGCUACAACCAUCUAGUACACUUGUAACAAAACCUAAUCUUACACCACAACAAAUGACUACAGAACCCAGAUGCAGAUCCAGAUGUUAACACAGCAACGAACGCAGUUAGAGCAGCAUUUUCUGUACCAUCCGAACGACCCAGUUGCCACAAGGGAAAUGCAACUGCUGGAGUCGCAACUUGAAAGCCAACUGGCACUAUUUUAUCAGCAGGUAUUUGGUUAUUUUUGCCUUUCAUGCAUUAGAAGAUUCUUGUUAGUAGAGAAUCACUUGUUGGAGGUUCACUUGUUGGAACAGCUUGAAGCAGUGUCAUGUCUUCAUAUUUGUCUUUUCCCGUUCUCUGUUUCUGAUAAGUGAACAGGCCAACGCCUAAACCACUAAGCCAACUGCGCAUAAUCUAUCAGUUUCCACCAUGAAAUUUGUUUGAUAUGCAUCCACGUCCACCACGAUCACCUUCACAACAAACCUCAGCAAGCGGCAUCGCAGGGUGUCUCGGAGGAGGCCGCACAAGGACACGGGAUAUUCCUAGGAGAGCCAACGCUAGUCUCAACAGGUGUGGCAGAGGCAACCGACACAGCGGAGCAAGUGGUAGAGGAGGAACAGGAUGAUGACGAUGAGGACGAAGACAAUGAUGACGCUGAGGAAGGUGAGACGACGUGACGAGCUGUUCUCGAUCACGAGGAUGUAGGAAGAUUUUCAAUAUCACAUUUUCAAUAUCAGUCUUUUUAGGUCGACGCUAAAAAUACAUUUACAUUCUAAAAAACUUGAAGUUAAACCUGGACUACAACUUCCCAGUUGUGCAAGCACAUGCGGAUGCGCGGAUAAAGAACAUGAAAGAACUUUGACUUCAACUACAGGGAAGAUCAUAGUAUGGAGUCAUUGUCUAUAGGACUUAGUAGAGCAAAACGGAACGGAAACGCUGACGCUACGAAAAAGAAUCAAGAACAAUAUGAGGAGGAUAAUCUUCCUGUCUCAAGAACUAUUUGACCAGAUCACCCCCACUGGUGCAAAAUUUUGUUUUUUUUUUCAUGUUUCUUGUCUACUUAUAAUCUUUUCAUGACAACAAGAAGACGUACACCUCAGUCACGCACCUCCGCCUAGAAGCAGGAAUGCUGUCUUCCCUUUCCACCUACUGCAGGUAAACCAACCUAGGAGUUGUUUACUCCUGAGCAGGACUAUGUGAUGUAAAUGAAGGAGAGUGCUGCCUCCUCCCUCCCCACCAGCUCUUGUAUCCAAACUAUUUCCCAAAUUUUCGAAGCUGUCAUGUCAACCUCAAGUUCAAAUCAGUGAGAAGAGAG